UGUUCCCUCCCUUUUUUUCGCUCGGCCGCUUCACUCACCUGCGCACAAAUAGAGAGAGGGAGGGGAAAAGAAGCAAAAUCGACAUGUCCAGCCGCCCCUCCUCUCCUCACACAGAGCGGCGCAGCUCCAACCUUGAAGAUCGACCGGCAGGGAGGACGGCGGCAGACGGCCGCGCGACGCGACCACAUCCAGGCGGCGGGCAGGAACCACCGGCAAGCUGGAGCAUCUACCGUCGACCAGCUAGCCACCAAGCCCCAGCGGCAUCCAUCUGCCGCAAGUCUCUUCAGAUGGAUGAUCAAGGCAGGAUGAUAGACUUUGGUAUUCAAGGCCAUGAGUUCAGUCAAAGGACUACAAUACCUUGUCCAAAUAUUGGUCACCAUCAGGACAAUGGACUUGAUGACCUGGAGUUUACUCAAGGAGCUACAGGACACCAAACAAAUAUUGGUCAGGACAAUGGACUUGAUGACUUGGAGUUCAGUCAAAGGAUCAUAGGACGCCGUCCUAAUUUUGGUACGCUGCAGCGUUGUGAUGACCUCGACUUUGACCAAAGGAGUGCAAGGCAGCAUGAGGAUAGUGGUUAUAGAACUCAGAAUGCAUGGAGUAAAGAGGCAUGGAAUAAGAUUGUGGAUAACAUAAACAAAAAGUUUGGCUUGUCACUAGAUGUUAAAAAAGUGAAACAAAAGGAACUGGAUCUGAAGAAAGACUUCCGCACUGUGAAAGAGUUGGCAGCUGAGAGUGGCUUUGGUUGGGACCGUAUCGGAAUGAAAGUUGUUGCCCCAGAUGCCGUUUGGGAAUCAUUUGCGGAGCGUCAUAACACGGAUGCACUCAUAUGGAGAGACAAACACUUUCCAUAUUAUGAUGAUUUAUUUGCAUUGUAUGAAGGACGGUAUGCUGAAGGAAGGAAUAGGCGUGGCAUGGACUAUUAUGCAGAUAGGGAUAAAGAACCAUCACAAACCAAAUUUGCAGAAUCACAAGGGACCAAUGAUUAUGAUGGAUCACCCUCACCUAAUAUAAAUGCUGCUGAUUUUCCCAUUGAAGAAGAAGGUGAGAAAGACACUUCUGAUUUUCCCCAGCAGCAAUGCCCAUCAAGGCGCUCCACACAAAUGAAUUCUCAGUUUGUGAAAACACCGGAAAUGUGUGGAGCAAGACCCACAAAGAGGCAGAAAAAUAGUGAUUUUCAAGAGAAGUACUUGAAGCUCAAGAAAGAAGAAAUUGAACGGUUUGCAGCUAUUGAGGAGAAGAAGCUUGAGGAUCCCUAUAGCAUCAGUAGGUGUGUCACAACACUUGAACGUCUACCUGGUCUACAAAUGGCUGAUAUGGUGAUGGCUGCUGAUAUCUUCAAAAGCAAGGAGAAUAGAGAGCUUUUCCUAUCGUUUUCUACGGAUGAACCAAGAUUAGCCUGGCUCAAAAGGCAGAUUGGGCAUAUCUAA